AAAGCCCGAAGUGCAGCUUUGUACCUUGCCAAUGACAGAGAGAAUACACCAUGGAAAAAGUCAAUUUGACUUCCGCUAUAACAGAGUUUCUUCUCUUGGGACUCUCUGAUCACCCAAAGUUGGAGAAGAUUUUCUUUGUCCUGGUCCUGCUGAUGUACCUGGUGAUCCUACUGGGGAAUGGAGUCCUCAUCUUGGUGACCAUCCUAGACUCCCAUUUGCACACUCCCAUGUAUUUCUUCCUGGGGAAUCUUUCCUUCCUGGAUAUCUGCUACACAACUACUUCUGUUCCUCUGGUCCUGGAUAACUUUUUGACACCUCGGGAAACCAUCUCCUUCUCAGCCUGUGCAUUGCAGAUGACACUCUCCUUUGCCAUGGCAGGAACAGAGUGUCUGCUUCUGGGCAUGAUGGCAUUUGACCGCUAUGUGGCCAUCUUUAGCCCCCUUAGGUAUCCCAUGAUCAUGAGCAGGACUACCUAUGUGCCUAUGGCUGCCAGCUCCUGGGCUAUUGGUGGUGCUGCUUCUGUGGUACACACAUCCCUGACAAUUCGUUUGCCUUUCUGUGGGGACAACGUCAUCAACCACUUCACUUGUGAGAUCCUGGCUGUUCUAAAGUUGGCCUGUGCUGACAUUUCCAUCAAUGUGAUCAGCAUGGGGGUGACAAAUGUCAUCUUUUUGGGGGUCCCAGUUAUGUUCAUCUCUGUCUCCUAUGUGUUCAUCAUUGCAACCAUCCUGAGGAUCCCCUCAGCAGAAGGGAAGAGAAAGGCCUUCUCCACCUGCUCUGCCCACCUCACUGUGGUGGUCAUCUUCUAUGGGACUUUAUUUUUCAUGUAUGCAAAACCUAAGUCUAAAGACUCACUGGGAGCAGACAAACAAGACCUUUCAGAUAAACUCAUCUCUCUUUUCUAUGGAGUAGUGACUCCCAUGCUCAACCCCAUCAUCUAUAGUUUGAGGAACAAGGAUGUGAAGGCUGCUGCAAAAAACCUGGUAUCUAGGAAACAAUUUAACCAAUGA